AUGCCUGGGAACACAUCGGCCGAAGACUCAGGCUCUACGUCUUUGGCUGAGCCGUCGACAAGUAGCAGCAGUGAUGAGUCGGCUGGUGGGGAAGACACCCCCAGGACAGCCCUAAAGCGCAAACUGGCACCAUUGAAGUUGCCAGCCAAGAAAGCCAGGGUUGGGAGGCCAACCCAAAAGAAAGCGUUGGACCAUCAUAACUUUAUACCCAAAUGUUUUGCUGAAAAAAUGGCAAAUGAACAAGCAAAAAUGGUUCUUACUUGGGUGGCGGGAGCUACUAACGCAGAGAGGGCGCUGGCAAACAAUCAAAAGCUCGACCAAGAUCAAAUUAAAGUCAGGCCUGAGGAUGUUUCAACUGCACAGAUAGAAGAAGACUUCGAUCUUGAAACAUUCAAGCAUUUCUUUGAUGAUGAUGCAUGGGCAUCGGUCGCGAGUCUUGUUUCAGUUAUGAAAGGGUUUGAGAAAAAGAAAAAACUCGUCUACAUAUGUCACGAAUGUGACAAAACAGUUGGCGAUGACGGUUCGGUCUUAAUGGCUUCACUUUUGAUGUGA